AUGAUUAGAUAUGUCGUAUUCCACGUUCUUCUCUCAAUUUGGGCUAGUGUUGAAGGUCGGAGUAUCUCUCGAUUCUUAACAGAACAAUCGACAGGGACCAAAUGGGCUGUCCUAGUUGCUGGCUCCAAUGGAUGGUGGAACUAUAGGCAUCAGGCUGAUGUAUGUCACGCAUACCAAUUACUGAAGAAAGGAGGUCUGAAAGAUGAAAACAUCAUCGUAUUCAUGUACGAUGAUAUUGCUAACAAUACAGAGAACCCUAGACCUGGAGUCCUCAUCAAUAACCCACAUGGUCAAGAUGUUUAUCAAGGUGUUCCUAAGGAUUAUGUAGGUGAAGAUGUUAAUGCUGACAAUUUUUUCAAUGUUAUACUUGCCAACAAAAGUGGUAUCACUGGGGGUAGUGGGAAAAUUUUGGACAGUGGCCCAAAUGACAAUAUUUUCAUCUAUUAUACUGAUCAUGGUGGCCCUGGGAUUGUUUCAAUGCCAACUGGACUUGUCUACGCGAACGAUCUGAUUAACGUGUUGAAAAAGAAGCAUGCUUCUGGGACAUAUAGUAAAAUGGUAUUUUACUUAGAAGCUUGUGAGUCGGGAAGCAUGUUUGAUGGUCUUCUUCCCCAAGGUCUAAAUAUCUAUGUCACGACUGCAUCAAAACCAGAUGAAAACAGUUGGGGAACGUAUUGUGGUUUGGGCCGUGGUGCUUGUUUAGUUGAGUGUCCUCCUCCCGAGUUUGACGGUGUUUGCUUGGGAGACUUGUACAGUGUUGCUUGGAUGGAAGACAGUGAUGUCCAAGAUCGACAAACUACAACGUUGGAUAACCAGUAUGACAGGAUUGCAAACAGAACUGCAGCCAACCUAACACAUGGCUCCCAUGUCAUGCAAUAUGGUGAUAUGGAGUUAAGUGUUGAUGCUCUUUUCCAGUAUAUGGGUUCUGUUUCCACAAGCCAUAGUCAAGCUCCCAGUCCCAUGGCNUGCAAUAUGGUGAUAUGGAAAAUUGUGGACCAACGUGACACUGACCUUUUCUACUUGACAUCCAAAUACCAAGGUGCUCCUGAAGGCACUAACGAGGAAUUUGAAGCUAAUCGGAAGCUUAAUGAGGUGGUAGCACAAAGAAGUCAAGUGGAUAACAACGUAAAACGUCUUGGAGAGCUUCUGUUUGGAGUUGAAAAAGGUAAUGAGGUGCUGCAGAGUGUUCGACCUGCUGGAACACCACUUGUUGACGAUUGGGAUUGCCUUAAAUCCUAUGUCAAGACAUUCGAGGCACAUUGUGGAAAACUAACCGCGUAUGGAAAGAAACAUGUACGUGGUAUCGCCAACAUCUGCAAUGCUGGAAUUGAGAGUGAGCAAAUGGCUGCUGCAACUGCAAAAGCAUGUUCAAGUUAAUUAGUAGAGGGUUACUCUCGGCGAAGAGAUCAAUAAGUAUAUGUUUGGCCAGUUUCUGU